AUCACAAUGGCAGGUAAAUCUGUUUUUUGUUUGAAAUUAGGUCCACAAAAAGUUCACAUUAUGACAUUAGGAGAGUUCUUUCCUGAAAUAUAUUUCAGUAUUUGAACAAAAAAAAUGUUGUGGAAGUAGUAGCUGUUUUCAUAUAAUGAAAAGCUAAGUAAGAGAAAAGUGAGUUUAUACCACCUGAGCUAGGUAACGAAGGGCUUUGUAAUUAGUGGUCUAGUAGAUUGUCGUUUGCAGAUGAUGCAAUAGGACAUAAAGGUGGACUGUUUUAAACAUUGUGAGCCACCUGCUUUAUUCGAGGACAAAUCUAGAUCUAGAUUCAGCUUUAUGGCUAAAUAAAAUGGUAAUGAAUAGUAAUACUCACUGUGUUUCCAUAUUAACUAUAAUUAGCAAUUAUGAUUGGUGGUAGAAGUGUCAGUAGUUUGUCAUGGAAUACGAUCUAGGUCAAAUUGCUGGAUACUAGAAUGUGUGUCUUUAAUAGAGGGGAUUUAUAAAUGUAUUAUAAAAUUCUUUUCAUGUGGAUUAUCGCCUUAAUAUAUUGGUGGGUCUGCUGCCUUCGUAUUUCCUGUUUUCACCCAUCCUAUUUCGCCUUAUAGACAGUAGUAUUUCAUGUUUUCAGGCUCAAUGAAAUUAUUGCAUUUUCGUUAACUCUAAUCUGGCUAUUUAAAUGCACAACAAAACAGCAUUUAGUCGCAAUAGUCAUUUACAGUGCUGCUAAUAUUUCUGACUCCAAAUGAGCUAAAUCUCAUUCACAGCACCUGUUUUUUCCUUCAUUCCUACAAAAACACGUGUGACAUUUCUGUGACCUGUACCUUGUCACUGUUGAUGGGUUAAAUAUGUCCUAAUUGAGAAAUGCUAUUCUGGACCCGAAGUGUGAUAUUCAAUGCUGGCUCCUCCUCAUCUUUAGAUAUAGCAGUAAAAAUGGAAAUGGUGAACACCCUUUAACUAGUACACUUGAGAGAAUCGGUUUGAUAAAAAUCACUUUUCAAAUUAGUUACUUUUUGUUAUGGACUUGCUGAAUUGCACAUUACUUUUGCUUUUGUAAUUCGUUUAAAUUAUUAAAGAAAAUCAAAUGGUACAUUAGCAAUUAAGGAACUGAUCUUGGAUUCAAAAUAUUGUAGGUCAGUCUUCUCAUGUUCAUAUGCUGUCUGUGGUAUCUUUGAGCAAAGUACUGCAUAGGAAUUGAUUCAGUGAAUUUUGUAGGUAUAAUAAUGGUUCAUUUACAUUGCAAAAAUUUGCAAAUAAAUUUAAUAAUAUACUACAAAGUUAAAUAGAUACUGGAAAUUCUCCUGUUACAGAAAGAAAAGGUGAUUGUUCUGUGUUUAUCCCACUGCUCUUCUUUGGUAAGUUUGUUUCUUCUUGUCUCUAGACAAAUGCUGCUCCUGCAUUGGGUUGCUUUUUUCUGCUGGGAACUAAUGUGUGAAAAGCAGCUUGAGAAUAUGACAAUGUGCAAUUUCAUUUCUCGUUUAUUACUUGUUUUCCUAUUGGAUAAUAAGUGGAAGCUCUGCCCUGGCAACAAAAGUAGGUUAUUUGCAUUCUGCCUUGUGAUUGGGUGAGUUUGUCAAAGACCAGGCCAAUGACAUGAGAUCUUACUGGUGGUAGGCUGUUGUAAUUAGGUGCUGUUGCUGGGGUUCAGAAUAGUGGUUACUCUGUGUGACUCCUGCAUUGUUGCCUGGUGAAAGAUGUUGAUAAAUGCGCCUUUAAUGAUCUGCAAAAUUCACACUUGCGGCAUAUAGUCCGAUUAUAACACAGAACUGAAAAGAUUUGAUUUAUGGACCAGAAGCUUUCUUGUGCAGAACACUCCUUUGAAUUGGAUUUAAUUAUACCUAUACUAAAUAAUUACACGGAUGACUCGAGUAGCUCCCAUUCCUGCAGUGUGUGUCAGCCGAUGCGUGUGUCGGUGUGUGAGCGGUACGUCGCGGCUGUUUGCGGGAGUUCCGGGAGCAGGUCACAGGCUUGGCCCUCCGCUGGCUCUGGGGCUGCUCGCUCCGGCAGCAUCAGACAGCAGCUGCUUUCACAGGAGGGGAGACUUCAGCAUGCAAACCCUCAUUCGUGUGGCUUGCACCUUCGUUCUCUUUCCAUGCCGCUGGGCCCAUGCCUUCACAGAUGGCCCACUCCCAGCCGCAGUGCAGUGAGCACCUGCUGUGUGUGGGGGCCUCUGGGACGGAGCUGUCAUACAGUGAGCCGGCCACAGACUCCCAGGGGCUCAUGCCACAGUGUUUCCGUGAGCCGGCUUCUGCUCCAUUGAGGAAACUGUCCAUCGACCUGAUCAAAACUUACAAGCACAUCAAUGAGGUGUACUAUGCAAAAAAGAAGAGACGAUAUCAGCAAGGCCGAGGUGAUGACUCCAGUCACAAGAAGGAGAGAAAAGUGUACAAUGAUGGCUAUGAUGAUGACAACUAUGACUACAUAGUGAAGAAUGGCGAGACAUGGAUGGACCGCUAUGAAAUAGAUUCUUUGAUCGGCAAAGGAUCAUUUGGGCAGGUUGUGAAAGCCUAUGACCGCGCUGAGCAGGAGUGGGUCGCUAUUAAGAUCAUCAAAAACAAGAAGGCUUUUCUCAAUCAAGCGCAGAUUGAAGUCCGACUUCUAGAGCUGAUGAACAAACACGACACGGAGCUCAAGUACUACAUAGUCCACUUGAAGCGCCACUUCAUGUUUCGAAACCACCUCUGUCUGGUGUUUGAGAUGCUCUCCUACAACUUGUAUGACCUGCUGAGGAAUACCAACUUCCGUGGCGUCUCUCUCAACCUGACCCGGAAGUUCGCCCAGCAGAUGUGCACGGCGCUGCUCUUCCUGGCCACGCCCGAGCUCAGCGUCAUCCACUGCGACCUGAAGCCGGAGAACAUACUGCUGUGUAACCCCAAGAGAAGUGCCAUCAAGAUUGUGGACUUUGGGAGCUCUUGUCAACUUGGCCAGAGGAUUUACCAGUACAUCCAAAGCCGAUUCUACCGCUCCCCCGAGGUGCUUCUGGGCAUGCCCUAUGACUUGGCCAUAGACAUGUGGUCUCUGGGCUGCAUCUUGGUGGAGAUGCACACCGGCGAGCCCCUCUUCAGUGGAGCAAAUGAGACAGAUCAAAUGAAUAAAAUUGUGGAGGUCCUCGGCGUCCCUCCCAGUCACAUUAUGGAUUUGGCUCCCAAGGCCAGGAAGUUUUUCGAGAAGUUGUCUGACGGCACAUGGGGUGUGAAGAAGACCAAAGAUGGGAAGAGGUACAAGCCACCGGCUACACGGAAGCUGCAUGCUAUCCUGGGAGUUGAAGUGGGGGGGCCAGGCGGCCGUCGGGCCGGGGAGGCCGGUCACACCGUUGCUGACUAUCUGAAGUUCAAGGACCUCAUCUUACGGAUGUUGGACUACGACCCCAAAAGCCGCAUCCAGGCAUAUUACGCUCUGCAGCACAGUUUCUUUAAGAAGACCGCAGACGAGGGUACCAACACGAGCACCAGUGUGUCCACCAGCCCGAUGGACCACUCGCAGUCCUCCGGCACCACGUCCAGCGCCUCCUCUAGUUCAGGAGGUUCCUCUGGUACCAGUACUGGUGGCCGAGUGAGGUCCGACCUGAGCCACCAGCACAGUGGGCCCUGGAUCAGCACCGGAUCGGUUUUGGACCGCGAGAAGCUGUGUGGUCAGGUGAGGCAGACUUACGCGGUUCCUGUGGCCUGGAAGGAGCCGGUCCCUGCAGAAACCCAUCCUGUUCAGGAGACCAGCUUCCUUGUUCCUCCCAAGCAGCUUGCAGUGUUACAGAGCGCCCCCUUGAGGCCAGGUGUGGCAGCAUGGCCACAGCCAGGCCUCCUCUCACCCACCAGUACCAUGUCGACGCAGAAAUCCAUGGAGGUGGGGCAGGGCCAUAUUUCCAUGGGCUCCUUGUCUUCCUCGGCCUCCUCUUUCUCCACGUCCUCCUCUUCCACUGGGAACCAAGGCAACCAGAUCUACCAGAACCACCCCAUUCCUGCCCAUGCCUUGGACUUUGGCCAAAAUAGUGGCUUGACGACGGGCGUUGGUGAUUUCUCAAACUCCCAAAAGGAGACUGCCGUGGCAGAGCACCCCCCGUACCCCCUAGGUACAGCGUCAGGACCCGGCCGGUUCGUCUCUGAGGCGUCUCACCUGGGUGGGAGGCCAGGUCUCCAGAGGGAGGAUGGUGCUCUACAGCCGCACUCUGUGGCCAGCUCCUGAGUGUGAGAGAACGAGGGAAAUCUCACUGAACCAUUACAACCCUACAGACGUUUUUUGUCUUUUUUUAAAGAUCAUCUACUUGCAAAGAUCUCUGUAAUAUGGCAAGAAUUCUGCCGAGAUGUGCAUACACCAUUUUAUGUGGUACUCUGACUCCAGUUAUUCCAUAGAGGAACUGCCUCUGAGUCGGUGGCAGGUGUUCUGUGUGUGUGUGUGUGUGUGUCUGUCUGUCUGUGCGAGUGGCUGACUCUGUCUGUCUGUAUCAGUGAUUGCUCUCUGUGGGUUAGAUAAUGUUAGAACCAGAUCUGCUGCUGCUUUUUGGCAAAAUAUUACAUCCUCACAGUUAAUACUUGAGUGUGUGUUCUGGGUUUUGCCGUUCCGUUGGCAAGCGUUGCAUCGACGGCCAGUCGCCGCUAUCAGAAGUGCACGGCAGUGACAUCCCAGCCUUUCCAGGGCGUUCUCAGUGCCACCCUCUGGACCCUGCUGGCUCCGGGGUCUGAAAGACAUGUUUGGGGGGGGGGGGGGGGGGGGUCUGAAGGGCAAAGUAAUGGAGAGCCCUGGGUGACGGCCUGGGCCCGCAGUACGCAGAAGAUGGAACAGACUCCUUUGCCCAGUCUAAGGACGCCUGAAAGUGGCCAAUCCGACCGAUGCUCUGAUGGAUCUGAUGGCCUUACGCUGCUGGACUCAGAAUGGAUAAGAUGGACGUUUAUUCUUUUAGUACAGAAUAGCUAUCUUCUAUUUUGACUGUAGAAAGCCCUUAAUAACUUACGCAAAUAGAUAAAGGGUGUUUCAGAAUGGUAAUUUCAAGAGGCCUUUCUUUAAGAUUUUAUCUAACAGGGUCUUGUAAGUUCACGUGCGUGCCCUACAUAUGACUUCCUACGCUCCUGAAGGUCAGAGGUGGAAUUUCCCAAGAAAUGAAAUUAUAUGACUGUGAUUCUUCCUAUUUGACACCCCCCAAACACCCCAUAUUUCCAUAUAUUUUCUGUUCGUUUUGAACAUAAUCCUGCUUAUUGCUUAGUGACUGCUUUCUGCCCUCAUGAUUAUGCUGUGAAUUUCGCAAUAUUUUGUUUCACCAUCUGACAAUUUUGUGGUACCAAAGCUGUAUUUUCUCUCUCCUCUCUUUCUUUCUUUUUUUAAAGCUCCUAGAUGUUUAAUAAUGAUGUAGCAGUUGGGCACUUUGAUGCAAAAUUCAUCCGGAUCCUUUUUUUUUUCAGUACAGACCACCUGUAUCUAUUGCUUUAACAAAAUAGAACUUGGUAAAGUAUUUGCUGUUACAUUAGUACAUUACAUUAACUAUUGGCUAUGUCCCUGGAAAUAAAUAGCUAUCAGUCAUCACACAGCAAACCUCUGAUGGUCCCCCUGGCCCCUUUACCAAAUAAUGCUCCACAGCUUCCAGAAUAACGGGGAAAAAAUAUGUUUCCAGACAGCACUGGGCCGUAGACCGCUCUUCUGGGCUGUAACCGGCUCUACUGGCCGGGUGUAUAACUGGCUUUGGUCGGGUCUUCUGUUUGUUAAGCAGCACUGUCACCGAAACUCGCAGGAUGGAGUAAAAAUGUAAGCUUCAUUUUUACGUGUAAAUUUUGUAGAUUUAUACAGCCAUGUGUUUUUCAUAAUGAUUACUAUACGGCAAGAUAUUCAGAUGACAGCAAGACAUGUCAGAUGCAGAAACUCAUUUCUGACUGACUAAGUUUGUAUCAUGAGAAACAUCGGUCUUCAUUUCUCUCCCCCCCCAG